AACAACUUCCGGUUUUUACCAAAAAUGGAGGAUGAGUUAUUCUGUGAUACAAAUCGUGGAACAAUGUACAUAAGUGUUGUAAAGUGCUCAUCAACAUGCCCAUAACUUACUUAUACGUUGUAUAGCUUGUCCUUUUAAAUUUCUGAAGCAACAACAUAUAAUAUCUCAAUGUGAUAUCGUAGGGUACAUUUCUAGCAAUGUCCGUUGAGAGAGAAUGGAUGAGCAAUCGUUGAAUGAGCUUCUUGAGUGUUCUGUGUGUCUUGAUCGGUUAGACCACACGAGCAAAGUCCUUCCUUGCCAACACACUUUUUGUAGACGUUGUUUGGACGAAAUAUACGGCACCAAACGUGAACUCCGUUGUCCUGAAUGCAGAACUCUUGUAGAAAUACCAGUGGAAGAGUUGCCAUCAAACAUUUUGCUCAUAAGGCUCUUAGAAGGAUUGAAAACUAAAAAUUCAGAGCGUACUAGAUCACCCGCAAGACACGGCGAGCAUGGUUUCAAUGAAAGCCUUUUUUCAAAACAGAGUUCCACCUUAAACCCUCCAUCUGCCAGAGCUUUGUUCAAUUAUGAUGCUUCGGAGCAAAGUGACCUGACAUUCAAAAAAGGAGACUUAAUAUUACUUAAAAGGCAGGUGGAUGAGAAUUGGUAUCAAGGGGAGUUAAACAGCCGACAAGGCUUCUUCCCUGCAUCUUAUGUCCAGGUGCUGGUUCCUUUACCUGUUACCAUACCACAGUGCAGGGGCUUGUAUGACUUUGAUGUGGAGGAUGAAAAUGAUAAGAAGGAUUGCUUGUGUUUUAAAAAGGAUGAAAUAUUAACUGUGAUAAAAAGAGUAGACAGCAACUGGAUUGAAGGAAAAAAGGGAGAGAAAAUUGGAAUCUUUCCCAUUUCUUUUGUAGAGUUGAAUGAUGCUGCAAAAACUUUGAUCAACUCUAAAGCUUCUACAAACAGUUUAGGGGGUGGUGACCAAGCGUCACUCUCUCAUGCCCAGUUUCUAAGCCCCGCCUCUCUUGCGGGUCAGCUCCCUCAACAGAAGCGGCAUUCGUUUACUGCAAUGCAGGAAACAGCUACUCAUGUUAAUCAACAUAACCGCAGAUCUCUAGAAUUGAGCAGCAAAGGGAAUUUAGUGAUCCCCCCAUCAUCUGCAGUGAGACAAUCGAGAUCACCACCCCCAGUCCCAAGAACAGGCUCAGACAGGCCGCGCAAUUCCACUGACCAUGCAAGCGGGAGUAGCAGAGACACAGCACCAACACCCAGUAGCAGUAGAGGAGCAACUUCUCUGCAAGACAAUCCUGGUCCAGGAAACUCUAAAACAAAAAUAUUUGUAGCUCUGUAUAACUACAAACCACAGAAAGAGGAUGAAGUGGAACUAAAGAAGGGAGACUACUACAGUGUGGCAGAGGCGUGUCAGGACGGAUGGCUCAAAGGCCGAUGUCUCAAGACUGGCAAAUGCGGAGUAUUCCCUGGAAAUUACGUACAGCCAGUCAGAUCUCCCUCUGCAGGAAAUGUUCCUAACAGUGUCCAAAAUGUCCGUGCCAAAUCAGCAUCAUCCACCUCAGCAUCUUCAUCUUCAAAAUCUUCUUCUAGACAGGAAAAAUCAGCUUCAUCCAGACAAGAAUCCGUAGGCUCUGUAAGACCAGAUAACAAUGUCCAUACAAAACAGCAUGCUCAUACUUCUCGUCUUGAAGGAUUCCCAUCAUCCAAACAAGAGUUGUCUACUGCCUUCAAAUCUGUGCCAUCCUCCUCAUCAUCCAGUGUAUCACCAGGAUCACAAGCAUCUUCAGUCCAGUCUUCCUCCUCUCAUAGAUCCCAUCUUCCUCCUUCCUCUAUUGCUUCACAAGGGGCAGAAUCAAAUUCAGAUAGAAGCUUGAUUACCCCAAAAUCAUCCUCACCCCAUGCUUCAGAGCAUCUUCCUUCAACACAGUCGGGAAAUGUUCAUAAACCCAUCCAUGUAAAAGGAUCAAAAGCCAGUCCUCUGAGGAGUUCUUCCUCUGAAAUGCAGACUUUGUCAUCUAAUACUGUCGUAGGACCUCCUAAUUCAGUGAUAGGUAAAUCCGGGCCAGUUAUGGGAGCUGUCAGUGCUCCCGUGUCAGUGGUCCCCAAUGCACAAUUACCAGACGCAGUGGGAGCCUCUGGAGAAUCCUCACAACCAAACAAGAAAGAGAAAAGGGAAAAAGAAAAGAUGAGUCUUGUGAAACGAUUGACAUCUGGGAAGAUCAAGAAAUCUAAGUCUUCUCCAGAUAAUGAAGGGGCUGAUAAGAUAUCACACACAAGGUCAGGAUCCUACCCUUCAGAAGUGGUGAAUUCAGUUGAGGGUCAGCAUGUAAAGACAGGGUCAUUUGAUUCUUCUAUGUAUCCAUCCCAUGGAUCAAAGCACAGUAAACACAAAGUACCUCACAGAGAAAAAUACAGGUGUAAAGAGCCAUACCCUGCUCAACAUGUGAUCGAACUUGACCUGAGUGUAGGAGACAUUGUGUAUGUGACCAGAAAGCGAGAGGAUGGCUGGUUCAAGGGCACGCUGCAGAGGAGUGGAAAGACGGGUCUAUUUCCAGGAAGCUUUGUGGAAAAAUUAGAUUGAGUGGUUCAUUGGAAGAUUUUGAGUGGUUCAGAGGAGGAUUGAGUGGUUCAAUAAAGGCUUGAGUGGUUCAUUGGAGGAUUAAGUGGUUCUUAGGAGGAUUUAGUGGUUCAUUGGGGGAUUGAGUGGUUCAUUAAAGUAUUUGGAGUGGUUCAUUAGAGGAGUUUGACAGAUGAUAACAAGACUUAGUCUUAAUGUAUUCCAGAAACUUUGACUUAACAUGGAGCAAUAGAGAAGACUAACUAACAAGAGAUUACUGUGAUAGAUGUCUUUAUUCAGUUCUUCGACCAUUGAUAAAAAUAUUCAUCUUAGGUUGACAGGAGGUUCAUAAAUUAUUGUAGGGAAACUUAAGGAGAUUUAUUUGUUACAAAUACAUGAAGUAAAUUUAGCCAUUUACCCAUGUACAUGUAAAUACAUGUGCAUUGACAAUAGAUUACAUAAAAUGAUAUCUUAUUUCAAUACAUGUAUAUACGUUGUUUAUACGAUAUUUGAAAUGAAAACAAAACUAGGAUUUUAAUCAUUACAUUUUACAUACCUUUACAAAUUUACAAACAUUCUUUCUUUUCUUGGUUUAUCAAUGAAAAAAAGAGACAUAUUCUGACAAUUUGUGAUAUUUUGAAAAUUUAUACUGACUUUGAUUUAUACAUUUUCUGAGAAUAAAAUCUGUAAGACUUCCAUGACAUUCAUCUCUGCAAGUUCAGAAAUGGCCAGAAAUGUUUGUAGUGGGAAGCAUUGUCAAAUGCAAGUUUAAUUUUUUUUUUUUCAUUUCAAGUCAGGUAAACCCAUUGUUGUCAUUAUUCUAUCGUUAAUGAUGCUAUUUUAUAUAUACAUUAGAGUCUUUUUUUUUCCUUGGUUGUGACUGCCAAUUUUUUGUGCAUUUUAACUUGGGGAUAUUAUGAUGCAAUAUAUGAUUUUUUUUUUUCAUUUUUCAUGGAUAAAAAUAUUUUUAUCAUUAGUUCAUUUUCAAAACCUUUAAUGAUUUCUCGGUUCUUGUUACAUUUAAGUGUACAUGUAUAAAUGGACAUGUUAUGAAAAUGACAACUAAUUUGCAUUUAAUGUUUAACAGUUGAUUAACACUGGGCAUUUGGAAACUUCACAAGCACAUUCAAGUGUUCAAAUUAUUCUUUGUGAGACCCUUCUUGUACCAUAAAUUCACACAAAAUAGGUUUAUGUUGUAUGUUUAGGAUUCUUUUUGUUUACUUAAUACAAGAAUGUCAAUUUAAACGUGGCAUGAAUAUUUCACAGCAUAAAUGUCUUUAUGAAUGGAAAGUCAUCUGUUGACUGGAAGUGACAUGUAUUUUUCAGUCCUAAUGUAUUGUACUAAUUAAGUAAUUAAACACCGUUAAUAUUUAAAACACAGCCACGACACACACCUUGCUCAUAUGACAGAAGUCUUAUUGCCUUUAAGACCAUAAUUGAGUAACUAUAUGACUGUAGCACAAAUACAGUGCUAUUUUGACCAAAUUCACCUGCUUUUAUACUUUAGAAAGAGGUUGGAGAACCUCUGAACAAAUUUUGUAAGCUUGUUGUGUGCUUAACUGAUUGAGUUUGAAUUGGAAAAUUUAUGCAUGCUACAUUACUUUAUUCAUUAGGUGUUUAGUCUAGCCUUGAAAUCCAAAACACAAAUUACUUGUGUAUGUAUUUUGUUUUUAAUUCUUGUUGUAUAGUAAAUGGAGGUAUCAAGAUAUACUCAAAUCAGUGAUAUUUUUUUUAUGAAUAUAUAGUUGUGAUUGUUGACAUUUGUUUACUACAUUUUCAUUGCUAGUGCUGUGAGGUAUUUAUAGAAAGACGAUUUUACCAGAGCUUGAGUUUACUGUACAAUUGUUCUCCAAGACACAUUUUUAAUAAUACAUGUAGUGGAUGUCUAUGCAUUUUUAUUUUAAAAUGAUUAUCAUGUUUAUUUUCUAUGCAUUGUUUUGUGUAAAACAAGAGAUGAACAUUCCAGCAGAAUCACAGCAUACUGCUUUGGUAUGCCCUCUUUUCCCAUCCAGAAAUGACAAAUGUCACAAAGAGAUUCAAUAAAAUGGUUUGAAUUUCAAUUGA